CCAUGACGUAGCUCAUUUAAGGCUGGUUUCCAUCCGAUCGCUACGAUCGCUGCGAAAAAAAUUGUAGCGAUCGAUCUCUUCGGCGACCGUAGCCAUGGUGAACGGAGAUAGACCUCAGUUCUACCUCAGCAAUCAUAGUGAUCGCUGCGGCAUAAUACGGAAACCACGCUCUACAGAUAUUAGCGAUCACUGCGAUGAAAAAUAUACCAGAGAUUCUGAGUGCAGUGCGCCGUUGCUUCGUCUAAGUCCUCCAGGGCAGUUUAAUUUGCAGCGAUAUCGUGGUAGUCAUAGGAACAGGUAGCCGUAAGGAUCGCUCAACCGUUUGUUGGAGCGCAGCAAUCGUAGCCAUGGUAACGAUCAUAUGGAAAUUAGCCUCUAUGGAAUAUAUGACUCUUGAUAUAUAAUGAAUCCUUUCAUAUUCAGAUAUUUCUUUUACGCAUGCACUGACUUUUGUAAAAAUAUUCUCCACUCUAGAUGCACCGAAAGUUUAUUGGUGCUCCAAAACUCCAACUUUUUUGAUCGAAGGAAAAAAACCAGACGAUUUGGAAUGCCAUUUGUCGGGAUGGCCUCUCGAAGUUUAUUGGUACAAGGAUGACAAAAUAAUCACGAAUGGAACUGAAGGCAUUUAUCAUUCAGUGGACAAGAGGCGGGAAAAUGGAGAGGGAACUCUUCAUAGCAGACUUAGUCUUCCUCCAGGACGUGAAGAGCUGGAAGGAACGUAUAAGUGCUGUGCGAAAAACAGGAUUUCUGACCGACAGGCCUCCGCUUCAAUCGAGUAUAUAUAUGAGUGUCCAACGCCAAAAGGCCCGACCAUUGUCUCUGCUCCGGAGGUCCUUGCAAGGACUUUCUCUACUGUCAAUCUGACAUGCCUGUCUGAUGUAGACGGCGCGUGUCCACAGUUGAUUUGGCACAAUGAAACUGCCCCCUUGGAAAAUAAUGCAAAGUACCAAAUAAAAAAGAAGAAAAUGCGCAGCAAAUGUAAACUACAAUCCAUCCUCUCUAUUUUUAACGUGACGGAAGAUGACGAGGGAAAUUACAGCUGCACGUGGAACUGCAAAAACCGAGUAGCUGGUAUUUACCUGAAAGUGUUUGUUCAAUCACAAACGGCGCAAGUGACUGAAAGUGUGACCACUUCAACACGUCCGUCAUCUAAUUUGGGUUCAGNACGUCGCAGAGAGUGGCUUCUACCAAUCAUCAUCAUAUCAGCAGCAAGUGUCACCGUCUUGUUCAUGGUUUCCGUGCAAUUUUGUGUCAAGAAGAGAUGGAAAUCAUCCUAUAACAUACCAAACUAUCACCUUAGCAAAGAAGAUUUGAUAAACCGACUGUUUAUCAGCCACAGUUCAAAGGACUUUGGUUGGGUCACUGACAAUCUCAUUUCAAUUCUUGAAAAGCACUCGAUUGACUACAGCAUCCACAGCCGCGACUUUGAAAUUGGAAGACCCAUCGUCCAGAACAUGGCCGACAGUGUGUACGGCAGCCGUCAAGUGUUGAUUGUCUUGUCUGAGAAUUACCUCGCCAGCAACUUUUGUCGAGAGGAGCUGCACAUGGCUGUGCAGAGAGGAUUGGAUGAGGGCGAUUCGUCACUGAUUCUCGUAAAGAUCAACAACAUGAAGAACAAGCAAUUACCAGCCGCUUUGAGAAAGAAGAACCUGGUGGAUUAUGACAAAUUUAAGACGACACAAGAUUGGGAAGAGGAAAUAAUUAGUGAGAUAUUAAAAAGCAAAAAUGCUAGUGUGUAGAAGAUACGCGUGGUUAAAUUACCAUUCCAAGAGUACAGUUGAAAGGCUUUGUUUUCAUAAACGAUAAAUUGCCAUAGUAAGGAAAUUAAUAAAAGCGGAGCUCCUGGGCGCCGAAGGCGUGUGAGCGGAGCCCCAUACCUUAGAAAAUUUGGUAGCCCAUCGAUCUCAAAAAUUUUGGUUGUCACGUAACUAUCCGUACGGGCGUGCAGGCGUAUGGACGUACGGACGUAGGUCCGUUCGUCCGAGAGAGAGUAACACCAUUACCAUAGGUACAUCUUUGAUAUCGGACAUCCAUGUUGUAAUUAAAUGACAGCUGUGAAAACGAGGUAUCCGCUGACCAGUAUCAAGUGACCAUAUCGCAGGUGGUCAUAUCGCGGGCUCUUUUUUUGAAGGUGACCCCUGACCAGGUACUGGGUUUUUCAUUUGAUCGUGUGCUCAAGCCAGGUUAUUACUCUUGGGGAGAGGGGGGGAGUACAUGAUGCAAAGGCAAAAUUUCA